AUGGCUACCACAGUUCAGCGUGGCCCGGGUGGCAGCAUCAUCAAGGCAGCCCAACACAUAGACAUACCGAGCCUAGACCUUCUCUCGGUGCUCUUCGACUCGAAGAUCUGCGAAGCCGAUGACCAGACCAUCAUAACCGCCGACGCCGCCGAUCCCCAGCACAAGCACCUGACGAGAUCCCGCUUGCGGCACCUCACGACACAGCUCGCGCACGCCCUGCGCCACACCUACGGCAUCGGGCGGGAGGGCCGCAACAAGGAUGUCGUGCUCGUCAACACCCAAGGCCACUACAUGCUGCCCACCCUCUUCUACUCGACCGUCGCCGCCGGCGGCAUCUACAGCGCCGCGAGCCCCUCUUCCACAUCAAGCGACCUGGCAUACCUGGUGGGGCUGGUCGAGCCCAAGGUGAUAAUAUGCGACGCACACACGCGGGCGGCGACGGAGGAGACGGUGCGCCAGCUGAAGUUCCCCGCGGAGCGGCUUCUGGUCCUGGGCGACGACCCGGCGCUUGAACUAAGGGUGCAAGGGGGCGGCAGGAGGGUGGAGCUUUCGCCGUCCAGGACGCUGCAGUGGGAGCGCAUCACCGACCCGAGGGAGCUGGCGGAUUCGGUCAUCUGUAUACUGUUCUCCAGCGGGACGACUGGCCUGCCCAAGGGCGUCAAGCUGAGCCAUUUGAACCUGUUCGCCGAGGCUUAUUGCAACAUGGAGCCGAACAAGGAAUGGGAGGCGCGCGAGCGGCCCGAUCUCAAGUAUCACACUUUGGCACACCUCCCCGCUGCGCACAUCGCAGGCGUCCAGGGCUACCUCGUCAAUGUGCUGUACCGCGGUGGCACGAUCUACUGGAUGCCAAAGUUCGACUUUGCAAAGUUCAUCGAGUACACCAAGCGGUACAGGAUCACGAAUUUCUUCAGCGUCCCGCCCAUCUACCUCGCCCUUGCGAAACACCCCGGCAUCACGGAUCAGUUCGACACGAUCGACCACGCGUUCAGUGGGGCAGCGCCUCUGGGCUCACAAAUCCAGGCUGAGGCGGAGAAGAAGAUGGGCAAGGGACGGGCAAAGCUAACACAAGUCUGGGGGCUGACCGAGACGACUGGUGCGAUCACUGCUAUGCCGCCUGGUGAGACUGACUUGACUGGGAGCGUCGGCCCGCUCGUCGCAAACCACGAGGCCCGGAUUGUGGACGACGAAUCGAGAGAUGUCGAACCUGGUGAGAGGGGCGAGAUAUGGGUCAGGGGACCGGUAGUAACAAAAGGCUAUUGGAGGAAUAGCAAGGCGGACGCUGAAAGCUUCGUGGAUGGGUGGUUCUGCUCGGGCGACAUUGGUUUGUACAAGGACGGCAGGUUCUACAUUGUCGACCGGAAGAAGGAGCUCAUCAAGUAUAAGGGGAUGCAGGUCGCCCCGGCGGAGCUUGAGGCAACGCUCCUGUCUCAUCCAAAGAUUUCAGAUGCAGCUGUGAUCGGGGUUGAGAAAGACGGUACAGAGGUGCCAAGGGCAUACGUUGUACCAGGCACCAAGGACCUUACAGGUGAGAAGAUCGCAAGCUGGGUAGACGGGAAGGUCGCGAACCACAAGAAGCUGCGGGGCGGCGUCGUGCUGGUGGAUGCGAUACCCAAGAGCCCGGCGGGUAAGAUCUUGCGGAAGGUUUUGCGUGAUCAGGCGAAGGCGGAGAAGACGCUAGCUAAGUUGUGA